CCAUGUUACAUGUUGCUCUGGUCGUGAAUCUCUUGAGAGGAACGGACGAUUUAGAACAAGUAUGGAUGGCCAUGAUGGUGGCAGAUUACUGUUCAGGGCUUGCAGUUCAAUUUCUUUACGAACAAAUGCCAACAACAAAACAGACGAUCUCCUUCGUCAAAGUUAUCAAGGACGCCGUCACCCGCGAAACAGUGGAGGAAGAAACGCCAGUCAUCACCGCAUCACAAAGCAGGAAAAUCAAGAGUAGCUUCUUUACUGAACUAGGAUCCAUCUGGCAUCAACAAAGCGAGGCAGUAAACAUCAUCAGGGAAGCGCUCAAAGGUAAUGAAUCGACACAUGACGCGCAAGACAGACCAGAAGCAGUAGAAGAUCUCAUUAUCAACAACUGCAGGAGCGAAGGAAUCCACUCCAAAAAAAUCGGUAUCGCAAAAGAGCCAACGAAUGACAUCCUACUGGUAUUUCCAGACAUGCGAUCGGAACUACACGCUGCUGACAAUCGUAACCGAGCACGGGCAAUAUACCACGAAAACACGAUUAUCG